AUGAUUAGAUUCCGUUUCGAGCUUAGUGAACUAGAUCAACUCCGUCUAGUCGGCAACUUAAAACAUGCACCCAUUAAACUCAUUCAAAGAAACACAUCGCUUCUGAGUUAAUUCAGCCAUGGCUUCUCCUCAUGACCCUCCAAGAUUUUCAGCUUCCGUACCCCACUUCUUCAAGAUCAUUCUAGAGGACGCUUCUAAAAUCAGAAUUAAAAUUCCAAUGAGGUUUUUGAUGAAAUAUGGAGAGAAUUUAUCAAGUCCAGUACAUCUAAAGCUUCCAAGUGGUGCAGAAAUGGAAAUAGAACUCAGAAGAAGCAACAAUGGUGGGGUUUGGUUAGACAAGGGUUGGCCAGAGUUCUCAAAGUUUUGCUCUCUUGACUAUGGUAGUUGGCUAGUCUUUGGAUAUGAAGGCAACUCCAACUUCCAUGUGUUUAUAUUUGAUAGAACUGCUACAGAAAUUGAAUAUCCUAAGCCCGAUAUGGAAGAAACUGAUUCUGAUUCUGAUUCUGAUUCUGAAGAAGAAGAUGAUGCUGAUGAUGGAUCCGUUGAAAUCUUGGAUGUUUCUGAAGAAGAAGAAGAAGAACAAGAUGAUGCUGAUGAUGGAUCUGUUGAAAUCUUGGAUGUUUUUCCACCCUGCCCAAGAAAAGCACGGGAGAAAUCUCCAUUGCCAUGUCCUCAGCCGCACAAAAAAAUGAGAACACGUUCGAGUGGAAUGAUGCUUGAAGAGUCACUGAGAAACAAGGCCUCAGAUUGCUCCAAAUCAGAAAUGAGAAAGGAAGAUGAAUCAGAUGACGAUUCUGUUGAAACUUUGGACAAGUUUCCCUCUUGCCCUAAAACAGGGGACAAAUCUCCAUUAGUACCAUCAGAGGUCAAAGAUGGUGUUGGGAGGAUGCAUAUAUCAACUACAAGCGGAAAAGCUAUAGCUCUUCAGGGAGCUAUUACUUUCAAAUCUGUAAACCCUUCUUUCAGGGUUGUCAUGCAACCCUCGUAUAUCAAACAAAGUUUUUUGCCUAUGCCAUCCGGGUUUGCCAAGAGACAUCUUGUUGAGCACCCUGCUGGUAAUGCCUUCCUUCGGGUUUCAGAUGGAGGAACUUGGUCUGUUAAAUUCAAAUAUGAAAAAUCAAUAGCUCGAUUCCAGUAUGGUUGGUUGGGAUUUGUAAGGGACAACAAUUUGGAAGUGGAUGAUGUGUGUGUCUUUAUCUUGAACGAGGACAUCAAACUUUCAUUUGAUGUUGUCUUUUUCCGGACUACAGAAGAAGCUGUAAAUUGCCCCUUGUCUCCAGGGAGACAUGAUUUUCCAACUAAAAAAGGUGGUGGAGGCACAUCUAGCAAUCGAACUGGAAAAGCUACAGCUCGUGACGGAGCGAAUGCUUUCAGAUCGCAAAACCCUUCUUCUUUUAUUGUUUCCAUGAGGCCCAGUUACAUCAAUGGUUGGAGUUUGUGGUUGCCAUCCAAGUUUUACAAGCUAUCUCCUAGUAUUAAGCGUUCCUGUGAAGUCAUCCUUCAAGUUUCGAAUGGGAGAACUUGGUCUGUUGGUUUGAACAAAGGAAGGACCAAAUUCAGAUGUGGUUGGAUGGACGUUGUGCGUGACAAUCAUUUGAAAGUUGGUGAUGUGUGUGUUUUUGUGUUGAUUUCCAGCAAAAGUACACCUUUAUUUGAUCUUGUCAUUUUCCGCUCUAGAGAAGGUGCAAAGUGCACCAGUGAUGGGGAGCAAAUAGUACCUACGAAGGAAGAAACUGAUAAUGAAGGUGGGGAUUCGAGUGAUGAUUCUAGUAACGAUUCAAGUGAUGAUUCUGGUGAUGAAUCGAGUGAUGAUUCUGGUGAUGAUUCUGUUGAAAUCAUGGACAAGUUUCCACCCCCAAGAAAAACAAGGGUGGUGAAAAGAUCUUGAAAAUCUGGUGAAAGGUCCUUAUCAAUUGAUCUUUGAGUCUUUUUUGUUUAUGUAAGUCAGUUAACCAAUUGGACAUAUCAGACUCCUUCCUGUAAUUGCAAGAUGUAUGAGUCCUGUGGUUGUUUUAGUUUCUCCUUUCUUUCCGUACAGAAUGUGCUCAUGAGAUUAUCAGCCCUAUCAAACUAACAAGGUCCCUUCGUAUUCUGAAGCCAAUUCACACUUUGUAUCAUGCACUCAUUUAAUAUGGAUGAUUCUGUGCAACCAAGGCUAUGAAUUUCUAAAUUUGCUGACUAAACUUAAUAUUCAAAUUUUACCUUCAUUUCCUGGCAUUAGAAUUUGAUUCGAGAGUGGCAGUACUGACGUUUGUUUGAGUUGUUUGGGGUUCUGCAUUAAUUUUACUCGUUUAACUUCACCCUAAAUAACCAAGUAAAUACAGCUCUCUUCCAUAUACUGGUGGCAAAGCUUUGAAGCACAUUUGAAGAUCAACUAUGGCUUCUUUUACCUGGGAAAUUGAUGACCGGCCAGGGUUUUCCCCUGACACUCACAGAGUACUUCUAGAGACAGCAAACUUGUAAGCAUUUCUGUCUCUGUCUCUGUCUCUCUCUGUGGCUGGUCGUACAUGUGUGCUGCUGCAUGAAGGUUGAAAAAAUGAGUCUCCAUUUCUCAUGUGUGUAAAAAGUGUUUACUGUAGUUAUGUUAUGAUUGAGAUGAUUCACUUCUUGGCCACCAAAAAAUCAGAUAAAUUCUUUUACUUUACGAACAUUUACUUCAAAUGUUUCUGUUGUGCAGAGGGUUCCAAAGAAAUCUGUGAUGAAAUAUGGUGAAGAUCUAUCAAAUCCAGUAUAUCUUGAGCUUCCAAGUGGGUCAGAAUGGAAAGUGUAACUCAGAAAAGGGAUGGUGAGGUUUGGUUUGACAAAGGUUGGCCAGAGUUUUCUGUAGACAACGGUCACUGUCUUGUUUUCUGAUAUGAAUGGGAUUCGAAAUUUCAUGCUUGCAUAUUUCCUAGAAGUUGCACAGAAAUUAACUAUCCAUUAACAAGGCUCCUGAUGGAAGAAACUGAUGAAGAUGAUGAUUCUGA